AUGGAUUAUUCGAUGUACUACGAUGAUCUCGACUGCAGCUCUUCGCUGCUUAAGUCACCGAAAAGUGCGCCAAAGAAGGAUUAUCACUGGGUGGCAAAUGGAAAGCUGCAGCACAGUGCAGUGAGGCUGCCGCACGACGAGCAACUUUCUGGUUCACUUGCGCGUAGCUCAGAAUGUGAAAUGAAGAGUAUCCUGAAAAACAGCAGUAAUAAUUAUAGCGCAGAUUAUUGCACGUCGAGCAGCGCCCAGUACCAGUGCGACCAAUCGCACGAGAAAGUACGUUUCCUGGACGUGUUAGAGAUGUUCAGUAUUUUGAAAGCUGUAUCCAGACAAGAGAAACUGUGUCAUAAAGAGCAGUAA